GGUCACGCCCCCUCCGUCUCGGUCAACUUCCGCUCUGUCGCCAUUCUUCUCCUCCUUCAAUUUAAAUCUCUACUCCUCACUUGUGUAAUGUCCAUGAAGAUCUUUUUGAGAUUCAUUGGAUCGUGAUGUUCUAGGUUACGCCGUGCAGAAGCGGCAGAAAAAAAUCCUGCAUCCAGUCAUCUGUCACUCGGGGCAUGCGGCAUUUGGAGCUUUCAGAAGAACGUGUGGACUCCCAUUCAACUUGGCACGGUUCAAGGCGUGGUCGUUUGUCGGCUGUCUCCGCCCAUCUGAAUCCACUCUCUCUUCGCUUAGUACGUGGAAGGAGAGACCCUUACUGCUGCUGGGAGACUUUGACACCGUAUACGGAGUCGAAGGGAUGAUUGUUUUCCCUACCGUAAUUACCAGUGACACUCCAAGAUCUCACUCUAUCAUUGGUUCACUCCUCCAUAUAACUUCCGGUCAAAUCGGAUUAUCCGACGUCUCCGAGAAAGAGUAUAUUUGAUAGUAUCCGCAGUCUGCUGAACUCCCUCACGGACAAUCUCCGUUGUCAGCAUGCCUUACUUAAGGCUUCAAGGAACAGAAGAUAGCCACUUCCCCUGUGGGUCACUGACUGAUUCGUCCCUUUUUAAUUUUUCCCCCUUCUCUUCCUGCCUUGCUUCCGGUAAAGCAAACGGAAAGUUGGCGAGACUAAAUCCGCUGCUGUAAACCUGGUAUUAUAACUUGGCGGACUUGGAACUAAACAUGAUACUUCUACGGACUUGUCUAUCGAAGAGGGCAGUCGGGAGAAUACCCCCAACGAUCUUACCUCGACCUGCUGUCCUUGGUCCUCGUGCCUCCUUAACCACCUUCCAAAAGGGGGAGCUGUUUCCUUUCAGCAGGGAUGAACAGAAACCUGUGCAUACCAUCCCAUUAAGACAGAGGCUUCCCGCCAAAGCAUGGGAUACACAUAUGCAUGUCGUUGAGCCACAUCGAUUUCCAGUAGAUGCAAGCGCAGUAUACCAACCCUCAACACAUACUAUCGAGGAGGCUCUAGCGUUUGAGUCUUCCCUAGGGAUUGAGAAUAUCGUCCUUGUUCAACCAUCAAUAUACGGAUAUGACAAUUCCUGUCUUCUCGAAGCACUGAGGCGUAUCGGUCCUUCUCGCGGGCGAGGGGUCGUGGUGAUUGACCCGAUGAACAUAGAUACCCAAACGUUAUCCGAAUGGCAUUCAUUAGGCGUACGUGGAGUACGGGUGAACUUGAGGUCAGUAGGGAAAGUGAUGGACCAAGACGAGCUGGCACAGACGCUAUUGCAACAUGCGGAGAUUGUCCGUCCUUUCGGCUGGGCUAUUCAGGUCUACGUCCCCCUCGAUAUGAUCCCACUGCUCGAGCCUAUUGUCCCACAGCUCGGUGUCAAACUCUGCAUCGACCACUUUGGUGGCCCGGAUCUAUUAUCUACGAGCUGGAAAGAUAGAGCCUCGUUCGACCCCUACUCGCUGCCCGGAUUUUCAUCCCUGGUAUCCCUCCUCCGAGCGGGAGACACAUAUGUGAAAAUCUCCGCACCAUACCGGCUCAGCAAGGACCAUGAAAUGCGAGACAUUGAGAUGAUGGCCCGAGAACUUCUCCGAGAGGCCCCGAGCCGCGUGCUUUUCGCGACAGAUUGGCCGCAUACACGAUUUUGUGGGACUGAUAUCGCCCCGUUCACGGAACUGUGCCUUCGGAUAUGCGGCAACGAUGCCAAGUUGACCGAGCGGGUGUUUCGUCGGAAUGCCGAAGAGUUGUUGGACGCACAAACUAUGGGCUGAGUGAGGGUGCUUGGCUUCGAGAAAUCAGUGUUAACGAGUUACGACUAUUACCCACCAUUAUACUAAUCUUUUACGCUACAAUAUUAUGAAUAUGAACAAAUUCCACAAUGCGAAACGUAAAUGACGUUGAGUGCUACGUCUCGGACAGGUUCCGAUGUGGUUCGAUAGUCUGGGCUAAACCAUCGGCUGAAGGAGUGUGGAGUCAGGCGACAAUUCACGCUAAAUUUGCAUUACUACGUAGUAGACGGAGACUUAAUCCGAGUGCAUGCUGUAUAGCUGUGCACUCAG